GCAUUGGCCGCGUUCUGUGACAUUGGAGCCGUGGGACUGAGUGGGAACGAGCCGCUUCAGUUUUUUAGGUGAAAUCGGAACCAGACAUACCGGCAGCAGCGGGCUGAGCUCUCUGUCAUCACCGCAGCCCGAGAGCCUCUUCUUUCACAUCUAUUUUUCUACUUUAGCUCCGUGCUGGACGGAUCUGCCACACAGGAUAUAUGUUCGGUAAAGGUGCGAAACGGAAGCUGGACGAGGAUGAAGAGGGGCUGGAAGGCAAAACGCUGGAGGCGUCGGUGGCGGGAGGGGGACUAGGCGUUUCUCCAGAAGGUCUUUCCAAGGUGUCCUACACCCUGCAGCGGCAGACCAUCUUCAACAUCUCCCUCAUGAAGUUGUACAGCCAGCGGCCGCUUGGCGAGCCCAGCCUCGAGCGCCGCGUCCUCAUCAACAACAUGCUCCGACGCAUCCAGGACGAACUCAAGCAGGAAGGCUCCCUGCGGCCGCUGCUCCUUCCGCCCUCACCGCCACCCGACGACCCUAUGGAUGAGGGUUUCCGUGAGGCACCACCGUCUUUUGGUGUUUUGUCAGCAGCUGCGACUGCACAGGUAUCCCAGCCUUCUGCGCUGUUGAUGCCGGUGAUCGCUCCGCCACCUUCACCCCACCCAAUGGUGCCUCCCAACUGCCAGGCAUCCCAGGCCUGCCCCAACCGUGUGGAGGCCUGUCUCGCCCCUAUGGAAGCCUGUCUCACUCCAGCCUCUUUACUCGAGGAAGAUGGUGGAGAUUCAGCCUUUUGUGCUCCCUCCCCACCCACUCCUCCUCUGUCACCACCCCCAGCGCAGCCUCCCUUGUCAGCACUUCUGAGCCAGGCGUCCCCCAGUGUCCCUGUGCCUGUCUUAUCCAAUGACGAUUUCCCCUCCACGCUGAGUGACAUGGAGUUGGGUCCUCCCACAGCCAUAACAAGGACAGCAGCAGCUAAUACUACGACCAUGACUACCUCCCCAGCUCCCACACCAACCACCCAGCCCCCACUCUUAGCACCCCUCUCCCCAUCACCCACAGGCUCACCCAGAGACUGCAGGACCAUGGGUGCUAAACCAGAGGCAGCAGGUGUUUUCCUAGUGGAAGGCCGCUGUGCUGAGCUCCGGUCAAUGGACACUCUACCCACACUGCCCCCUGGUGGCCUAGUAGACAUUUCCUCCUCUCCUCCCUCCUCUUCUUCGCCCUCGGGGUUUCUCUCAGACUUGGCACUGGACGAUGUCCUGUUCGCCGAUAUCGACACGUCCAUGUAUGACUUUGACCCCUGUACGACAGCGGGGGCUGUGGGCAUGACGGCAGGUGGUGGCCUUGCCAAACUGCCACAGGUUGUGACGGCAGAUGACCUGCUCAAAUCGCUGGCGUCCCCAUACAGCGGCCCCACGCCCCAAGUUUCAGCCAAUCAGCCUUUCAAAAUUGAUCUGACAGAACUGGACCACAUCAUGGAGGUAUUGGUGGGUUCGUGACUCGAGGACACCACCACCACCUCAGAAGCAGAGACGGUUAACUCCAGAGAACAGACUGGAAUGAAAAUUUGGGAUUGAUUUUCCUGGUCGUUGUUUUUAUCUUGCUUAAAUUUUUUAAAAAUCUUUUCAAAGGUCGGUAAUUGUAAACAUCGAUGGUGAUGUCAGUUAGUACUACUAUGACAACUACUACUACUACACAACACUGUGCAUGCACUGUGCUCGCCUUUCCAAAUAUGGAAAUGAAGUAACCGGGAAACAAAGACACACUUACAUUUGUAUUUCUAUACUUGUGAGGACCUUCAUUAACUCCCAUCAUUUCCUUACCAUAAAGGUAAACCUAAUCUUUAUUCUAAUGUUUAACCUGAACCUGAACCUAAGCCUUAACCCUGAAGAGUAACUGUAAAUACAAGAAAUAAAUUUGUCCUCAUUCUGGACGGUUUUUUCAAUCAUUCUAUCUUUGUCGGGACACAUACUCCUCACAGGUACAGAGAUACAAGUGAACACCGAUAAACAUGACACACACACACUGUAUUCAUGGCUUUCAGCAGAUGAGUGCCUUUCAAAAUGACCACUUAUUCAAUUCCUGUUUUUACAGUAUUUUUUUCUAAUUCUUUUCAUUUUAGCAGCCUAGAGAGGUCACUCUUCAUUGUUAUUUUUUUUAAUUUAUUGUAUUGUAUUAAGCCUAUUGUUAAGUAAGGUAAUUGCUCAUGAUCAAAUAAUAAUUAUUUAAUCUUUAUCUUAUUACAGAUGCUAUGUUUUAUUGUAAAGCAAGCCUAAAAAGGCUUUUACGAGGAAUACAUUGUUUUACCAGUGUGCUAGAUUACAUGUAAGCUUGGCUAUAUAAUUGCGCUUUGGGAGUAGCUCUAAAACACAUCGCCAGAUUGUUUGUUAAACUCUUUUGGUAGAAGGAGAUGUCUGUUCUUGUGUACUUCAAGUCUAUUAAUUCACUUUGGGACUUUUUCUUUCCCUUCCUUAUUGGCAGGCACAAGUAACUGUGCUGGAUGUUAUUUUACAUGAGCUCGGUCAUAUGAGCUAGUUAUCAUGAUUCAGUUACAGCAGAAUUCAAAUGAGCUACACCCACGGGAAAGCUUGACGUGUUUACAUUGGAAGCAACAGCAGCACUGUCACCGACUCAUGGGUCCUAGUUGGAUGUAGAUGAUCUGAAAAAUGCAACCUAAGCAGAGGUUUAGGGCUCCACACACAUAUUUAAUUUAACCAUACAGGCCUCAAAACAAAACAGCUGUCACUGAUUGCAGGGAAUGUCAUUGUGGCAUCAGUGUGACUCCAUACAUUUCUCAGCAACUUGGGUGACAGACAAAUUGCAGUAGGGCAUACAGUAUUGCACAAACCCUGUAUUUGCAUAACAUUUUGAGUUUGUUUACUUGUGUUUAGAACAGGAUCUCAGGGUUCUGCUCACUUCUGUACAUUGUGCAGUGCAGUUUUGAGGUUGACCCAACAGCUCAUGUAUGUUUUAAACACAUGCGAGAACAGGAGGGCUGAAUCUGUCUCGUAAAUAAUUUGAACACGGAUUUCCACUGAAGGAGGAAACCCAAACCACAGUGUUGACCUGAUACUGAAACCAUGCAAAAGACUAUGUUGUUUCAAAACACUAACCCCCCUUGCAGUUGCCACUGUGCACCAUUUUUCGCACAAAAAGUGAAAUUUGAUGGCAAUUUGAUGUGCAGUUUGGUGUUAAUUAUCUUCGGAUUCAUCACUACACACAACACAGGGCGCUUAACCAUUUGAUACAGUAAUAUAAAAAGUAUUGAUGAGUGCAGCUUUAACGUUGACAUCUUAGACACUGUUGUAACUGUUGUGCGCUUUAUCCGAUAAUGACACAUAUCUUCUACAUUUCACUAGCUAUUCACAGAAAUACAUUUCUGCAGAUAUAUCGCAGGGUACAUCACUGCUGGCUGUUGAUGGUAGAUUUUUUCCAUCAAAGUCAUUAAGAAACCCUAAACCCUUGUGUGUUUGCCAACACAGUUUUGUAGUGGUGUAAAAUGGUAUGUUAAUGGUAUUUCUAGCAGCGUCCCAGCUGGUGGAACUUGGUAGUUGUUAAUAGGACAGAAUGCGUUAUCUGAAAUCCAGUCAGAGUCAGCUUACUGUGUUAGCCAACAGCAGCAAGGACAGGGUGAAUUUAAAACUUGUUCCAGUGGCAGAUCAUUAGCUUCCCGGUGUGCAUUUGACUUCAGCUAGUAUGUAAAAGACCUGCUUUUUAACUGAAUUCAAAGCAGUGUGAGCCGAGCACAUAGCAGCACCAACUAAAACUGUUUGUAGACAACUGUGUCUUUUUUCUUUCACUAUGUUUGAAUUUUGGAGUGCUUGUUAUUUGUCAAUGAAGUUAUUUAUUCAUCUUGUUUUUUUCUUUUCUGUGUAAAUAUAUUUAUUUUUGAUGUGAAGUGAACAUUUGGAUUGUAAAUGUGUGUACAGAAUGUGUGGUAGGAAUGUACUUCAGAUAGGAAUGUAUCUGAGUGUGGAAUUAUGGGUGGAAGCCAUUUUUUAUAUACAUAGGUAGUUAUAUUAUCUUGUUUAUUUGUCUGUUUGUUGCUUUGUUAUUGAUUUUUUUUUUGUGGGGUGGCGGCCACAACUUUUUACAUCUUUUGUACUCUUUUGUUUAUCAUUUUCCAGUUGAAGGCGAACAGUUCAUGCAGCAAUACUCAAAAGCCCUGUCUCCAACCUUCAGAUGUCAAGACUCCAAAGCCUGUCAUAGACGCUUCAAUGCCAAAUGUAAUGUACAUAGUAUGAACAACAUUCGAGCUCCUGACACUUUUUGGAUCAGUGUUUGCCACCGAAUCGGUUUUAGCGCUGACCGAGUGUGCGGUGAUUUGAACUGCAGACAUGGACUGACCGCAGUUGAGGCUGAUUCCCUCUACGAAGGCUGUAUUUUACACAGACCUCAGAGCUGUGCCUUUUUCUAUGCAAUAGAACACAAACACAGAGAGAGAAACUAUCAACUGAUCACUGUAUUGGGAUCCAAAAUGUGGACUGUAGAA